AUGAAGGGCUCGCACGCGGGGAGGGAUAUAUGUGAAGUCGACCAAGAGCUUGUCGGUACGCCGACAAAGCGGUGUGCGAGAGAAAACCCGCCCACGCGACGCGUGGAGUUUGCCUCUUCGAUCAAAGAUAAAGUCGUCAAGCGUUGGACCAUCAUCAAGCACGCGUCUGGUGAGGCGGAUCGCUCCCACGCUCGGCAUACGGCAGUCGCAUGUACCAGAAGGAAACAAAGAGAGACCAGCAGGCGCCGUUUCAAUUUCACUAGACUGAAGGAUUUCGACUUCAAGAGCUCACAUGAAGGCACAAUCCUCGGAGUGAGUUUCCAUCACGCAAGUAACGUAGCUGCGUGCGUCACCGCGGGCUCACGUGUUCAUUUGCUUCGUAUUGAUGGGACCUCAAACAAUAUAAUACAGUCUUUGUCGUUGACUGGCAGAGUUAAGACUGUAGAGUUCAGUCGAGUGAACGAUCAGGUGAUAGUUUGUGGUAAAAGUGGCUUAUUCUUUGGUAAUGUUGAAAGUGGUAGCGUUGAGAAAAUUUCUCUACCGACAAGCUGUGCGACAGAUGGCACGUUUGUCCAAACGGCAGGUUCGGACAUCGUAGGAGUUGUCAGCUCAAACGAGUUGUGCAUAUUAUCACAAAAAAGUCGGACGUGUGUUGCGAGCGUGAAAAUGAGUGCACCAGUACGUUCGUGCACGUUUAGUCCCUCGGGCAAUGAGAUCACAUGUGCAGCUGCAGAUGGGAAAAUUUAUUGUUGGGACGUGCGAACACAGAGGUGUGCUCGGGUCGCUGGAGGUUUUGAUAGUGUGGUACAGAUAUGUUCGUCACCUGAUGGUAAAAAUGUCAUUACCGGCUUAGAUGAUGGAACGGUGGAAAUCUAUAAUGCAAGUGAUAUAUCAUGGGAUGUUGCAAAAGAUGGACAGAAAAAAGCAAGAAGUAUAUCAAGCUUUCGCACACGAAUUACUUCUUUGAAUGUAGAUCCUAGGGCUGACUUUGUCGCUAUGUCGUCGUCACUCGAGCGAAAUGCGUUGAGGCUACUCCAUCUUCCAUCUCUUUCUUUGGUGAACACGUGGCCAACUAGCAUGACCCCAUUGCACUAUGUGUCUGCACACGCUUUUAGCCACGACGGGACCAUCCUGGCUAUUGCGAACGCAAGAGGGCGAGUACUCACGUACAGCGCGAGCACACCCUCAUGA